AUGUCGGUACUGCCACACGAGUUAGAAGAUUUUGAUACAGUCUUGGAUGACCAGUUUACAACGUCGCAAUUUGCCAACGAACUUUUGAAGGCGACGAACGGCAGUAACGUUCAAGAUGGGGAGCCGGGCCCCAAUGGCAAUGGCCCAAACGAAGAUAGGUCGGAUGGCGAAGGGACAGAUGGCGAUGGCACGGAUGGAGAUGGGGACAGUGCUUCGCUCGUGACAGGACUCACCACUUUACAACUUGCCGAGCUCGAUAUUGAAACCCCGAUGAAGCGGUUGGCCUUCGAUAUGGAUGAGGUAAAUUCGAGGAUAGACAGCAUCAUCAACCAGAACUCUUCCGUGUUGCUGGGUGAGUUUUCGAAGAACGAGGCGUCUAAACAGAUGAUACACGAUGGAUUGGACACGUCGCUCAAUUACAUAAACAUGUCGUACAAGAGGCUCGAGGACGAGGUCAUGUCGCCAUACGAGAAUGCCAACGUUCUACAGAACGCUUUGAACAAGAUCCACCAGACAUCCACUUUACUGCGAGACGCUGUCAUAUAUUUGCACAUCUACCAGAACAUCAAAGAGCUGUUGAGAGAGCAGACGAACGCGAAGUACCACGACUUUGAGCUGGAUAAAAUAUACAAGCUGGCGUCGCUGUACUCACAACUCGAAUUAACCGUGCAGAACAACAUCAACGUCAAGUCGCUACAAUUGAUCAAGCAGAUCGAAAACGAUUUCGUGAAGAAGAAUUCGAAGGAUCUGUUGAACUACCUUUCCGUUAGUCUGAUGCGCGAAAUGGGCGAGUUUGUGAGACGUGCUGCUACCACUGCGGAUGGCAGUCUUGACUUCCAGCCUGACCGGGUUGUAAAGCUGUCCAAAGCGUUGAAUAUGCUGUCAUCAGCAGAGUUUGCUGCAAUCCUAAACAAGCUUGUACUGUCCCUUGUGAAUGCGGACUGUCAGACACUGACGAGGACGAUCAACUCAAUACGAGACUUUUCAGUUCGCUUCAAAGAGAUCAUGCGUAUGGACAGCGGGCUGCAGCAACUGGAGACUCUGUUGGCCCGUGUACCGGCCCCCAACGCGAACCUGAAAGUACACAAGACUCUAUUGACCGUAUAUUUGUUCGCGCAGAGGGAUUCCAAAAUCUCUAACUUGAGAGACGUGUACUGGUACAAACUGUCGCCGGCGUUUAAGAAGCAAGUGGAGAUCAGUUACAACCGGGGGGGGCCCGUGGGCAAAUCCCUGAUUAAGAACAAGGAGUAUCUCAUGGAGACGAUACGUGGGAGCAUGCCGGACGACGAGCGGCAUGCGGAGAUCAUGCUCAAGUCCGUGUCAUUCUUGAAGUAG